CGUCCGCCCUUUAAGAGACCUUCUACAAAGCCACAGCAUUUCACUUCGGCUUCCACUUUCACUGGCAAACAGUAAAGAACAACUAUUUAAUACACAAGAUGUCACGGCAUAAUCCUCUUAGUUAAAGAGAAGUUAAUAGCCCAGAGCUUAGUCAGUAAAACCCGGCAUGGAAACAGCUGGCUGAUGGAGUGUGGACGGUGAACUACAUGGCAGCUUUCAUUGCAGACCACACGACUCAAAGCAUCACUGAGGAGAAAACAUGAGGCGUUUGGCCAUGGAUAGCGAUGAUGAUCAUCUCCAGGAGAAAGAGUGGCUCAUCUCCUGCAUCACAAUCCCUCUGUCCUCAGCCAUCAUCCUGGCCAACCUGGUCAUCAUCGUGGGCAUUGUCUGCAACCGACAGCUCCACAACACGCCCAACUACUUCUUCCUGAGCCUGCUGGUGGCUGACCUGUGCACGGGCAUCGCUCUGCCCUUCAUCCCGCGCAUGGGCCUUGAGCAGAGCCUGGACUUCCAAACGUGCCUCCUGGUCCACACCUUCCCCAACUUCCUUUUCCUGUCCUAUCUCUUCAACCUGGUGAUGGUGCAUUACGAGCGUUACUUGUGUAUCGUCAGCCCCUUGCACUACAACCAGUUCUGGGUCCACCGCUGCUUCCCUGUGGCGCUGCUGGCAGUGUGGGUGCCCCCCCUGCUCUAUGCCUCCCUGCCCGCCUUUGGCUGGAAUGAGUGGAACAACGACACCGCCAACAGCACCCUCAACCACACCGCGGGGGCGGCCGGGUGUGCGGCAGACCCUCUGGCCGACGACGAAGUGUGCUCCUACAAGAAGGUCUUCCCCAUGUCCUACAUCUACCUGGAGGUGUACGGCAUCCUGCUCCCGGCCAUUGUCCUCAUCGCCGGGAUGACGGGAAGGGUGCUGUGGAUCACCAGGAAGCAGAUGAAGGUCAUCUGCAAGCUCCACCGGGCCGUGGAGCGCUACCAGACCUCAGACAGCGAGCACAGGCUGAACCUGCGCUACGCUAAGUGCCUGGCGGCCGUCUCCUUGAUCUUCCUUCUCUGCUGGGUGCCCUACAUCACCUAUGUGAACGUGGCCCUGGGGUGGCUGAAGGGCAACGGGAAAUCCCAGAACUGCACCCUGCACAUCAUCCUCUCCUGCACGGGGAUCGGGAGCAUGGCCAUCAUCCCCAUCAUUUUAGGGUUGGCCAACAGGCAGUACACGGACCCUGCCCGCAAAGUGCUGCUGAAAAUGCGUGACUGUUGGCGUGGGAUGCGUGGUUGCACAGACAUGUCGCAUAGUAAUUAACCUUCGGAAGAAUAUUCAGUAUGGAUGCUCUUUCAUGAGAGUGAUGUGCAUUUUAGGAAAGAAAUAUGAAUGUCACAAAUCUUUUAUGCUUUUAGGCUACUGAAAAAAGUUGAACAUAACAUUUGAACAUGACUCUCCAGGUUUAAGGGCUCUGCCACAUAAAUUGUGUAUUGCAAUUAUGUCAUUAUAUGGUCAAUGUUGUUUAUAUAGAGAGACACUCAGUACAAAGUGAUUCAGCUUUCUUUGCAUGAGGCAUGACAGGAAAGCAUGGUUGUGACUUCCAGCUGGAUCAGGAAUAAACUACAUUUUUCUCA